CACUUUAUAUAAUAUUUUGAUAUACUUAUUUGACACAAUUCUUCAAAUCGCAGGAUGACAUCUAAAUACGAACUCAUCAAACUCAUCACAAGGCGCUUUCAGGGGGAUUUCCUAUUUUUGUUUAAUUUUCUAGGAUCUUGUAAGGUUCGAAUCUUUUCGGUCAAGCAGAAAAUUGUAACAGGUGAACACGGUCCAAAAGGUAUCAGGCCAUAAGCAUUAAAAAUGAUUAACAAUAAUCCAGAUAUACGUAUAUGGUAAAUUAAAUAAUUAGAGCUAAUAUUUGUUUUAAAUUUGUUCAAGCUUUUUAAGUGCUUUAAGCAGAACUGAUUGCAUUAACAAAAACAGCGAAAUAGUGAGAAAUACACCAUGCAACCCUACAGAGAAGGUUCCUUAUAUAUGUAUCCAAGCGAUUGUUGUUUAAAUACAAAAAUAACUCAAUACCAUCGCCUUUAAUAUAAUUAUAAUUAAUUUUCUCAGCAGACUAUUAUUCGGUAAUCGCACAAGACACUGUACCACUACCGACUGCAGCUGCCGUCAUAGCUAUUCGAUGGCGAUUACCACUUUCCGCCAUUCAGUCUCGUCUGUGAUACGGUCACGGGUGGCGUUCAAAGUGUUCGUGGCUUGACAGUUUGUACAUAAAAACACACAUGCAAAUGAUAUAUGAGAAAAAAAAAUAUUUCAGAAAUAACGCCAAGUGUAUAAUCUAAUGUUUUUGUAUACAGAAAAUUUGUAAAUAAAAUUUUAUGAGUAAUAUACAUUAGCAAAGUGCGAUUUUAAUAUUUGCUAAUAAAUUUCAAUUUGUACAAAGUGUGUGACUGCUGGAGUGCUGGAGGAAAAAAUUCUACGAAAGGAACGCCGCUUAUGCAUAUUCAGUUAGAAAUCUGAGUGAGAAAUAAACACAGAAUAAGCUUAACAAUGAAAACAAAAUAAUUAAAAGAAAAACUGUAAUGCAAUUUCUCUGCCCACUGCACGUGUAUUUUCAAGCCACAAUAACAAAGUGAAGAUAAAGAGAAAAAAUAAAAACAAACAACAGCAUCAAUUCAAAUUCGCCAAUUUGACGAGUGAAAAGCUUAUAGCGAAUAAGUGAACAAAUAAAAGAGAAAAAACAUAUAAAACAUAAAUAAAUAAAGACAAGGUGUGCCCCUUAAAGAAUAUGCACCACACGCUCUGGGCGGCAAACCAAACUAUCUACUAUGGCGACCAAAUCAGUGAGCACAAUUGACUCGACUGAUGAGGAUAAGGAACAUUUGCUUAAAAAUGGUACGAAAACUCAAAGCAACACAAAUAUGGAUUCAACGCCAAUAAAUGUUUCACCAAAAGAUGCCACUAAAUCGCCGGGAAUUUCUAAGGUAAUCGUACAGACAGAGGUACUUUCAUGUGCGGGACAGCAGUUAUUGAAAAAUGCGGUGUCCUCUUGUUGGCAAAAGGCAAUGCAACGCCUCACGAACACUGGCAAAACAGGCAGUCCAUCAGCCAAAUACUUCAAUUGGUCAUAUCGGGUACUACGCCGGAAGCAACUGCUGCUCUUACUCGCAUUUGUGAUAUUCAUUGUUUACUUGAGUAGUUCGAUGCGCGGAAGUGAUUAUGCGGAUGAGCGCAUUCCUGUCCUGCACUAUUCACAUGUGCCUGGCAUGAAGGUUUCCAUCAACUCGAUACUUUAUCGCGCCAGCACGUCGCGGUUUAACAGUGUUACUGCAAGGCCUUUACUGACACCACCGGCCGACACUGAGCUACCCUUGCCAGCGACCGCUUUGUCGACUCUUGAACUUUCUGAGACCUCAACCUUUGAUCAAACAACACAAAUCGCUGAAUCUUUUACUGAUUCUACUUCUCAAAAUCCCUUCACUAAUGACACAUAUAAAAUAAUGCGACCACCCACAGGUUAUCUUGUCUGGAGUGAAUCCUGUCGAAUACCGGACGUAGAUGUGCAUGCGCCGGACAUAAUGCAACACUUCAAACGUGAGAAAUACAAACCCUGCUCAAACAAAAAGCCGCUCACCACUGUAGCCUUCAAUGCUACUUCACGGGAGUACGUGCUGCGAAUUGAAGGGAGCGAAAUCAAAUCAUUCAGUAAAUCUGGGCGUAUCCAUUGCUGUUACCAAUCGAUAAUGCGCAAUGGAACUGGGACGAAAGCUGAUAUGGACUAUAGACUUAGUAAAUGUGUUCCUUUCAAGAAAAGUGUUUCUUUAUCGCCUUCUAUCCAAAAUAUUUUAGUACAAUGUGAUUCUAAUAAGCGAAAUGUAUAUAAAAAUGGGCAUCCAUUAAUAAAUGAAAAACCAAAAGUGCGGGAGCGUUUAAAAACUUGGAAAAAGAAGGAUACUGAACGUGGCCGGACAAAACCGCCCAGUAUUCUAAUGAUCGGCAUCGAUAGUAUAUCUCGUGUAAAUUUGAUAAGAGCCAUGCCGAAGACAGCCCAAUAUCUGUACGACAAUGAUUGGUUCGAACUAAGUGGCUACAAUAAGAUAGACGACAAUACAUUCCCGAAUUUUAUGGCUGUACUUGCUGGUUACAAUAAAGACAAUACAGUUACGAAAUGCCCUCCAAGAGUUUUGGGUGCCUUAGACAACUGCAGCUUGAUCUGGAAUACAUUUCGUGAACAUGGCUAUGUGACAGGUUAUGGAGAAGAUGCAGCAGAUAUAAGUACAUUCAACUACUACAAAGUGGGAUUUACGAAACCGCCCGUAGACUAUUACUUACGUCCAUUCCAACUAGCUGCGGAACAUCACUUACAUAAAACAUAUAAGUCUGGUCUCACCUUUUGCCUCGGCUAUCAGCAGUCUGCACAAUUCGUGUUGGAUUAUGCCAUUGAAUUUGCCGCACGUUUCAAAGACCAGCCAUUAUUCGGUUUAUUUUGGGCAAAUUCUUUUAGUCACAACAACUUAAGUGACUGCUCUUCGAUGGAUGUCGUAGUCCUUGACUAUUUGGAACGUUUAACGAAGUUAGGCAUACUCGAACAUAUGAUUGUCGUAUUUUUCAGCGAUCACGGUCUACGUUUUGGACCUGCACGCACAACCGCAUCCGGUCAUAUGGAGGAACGAUUACCAUUUAUCUUUAUUUGGUUGCCACAGUAUCUGAAGCAAAAAUACCCUAGCUUUGUAAAUGCUUUAAGUGUGAAUAAAAAUCGUCUGACCACACCGUAUGAUCUGCACAUGACACUUAAGCAUUUCCUCAGCAUGUCCGAGCGUGUUGAAGAUAAAUCCAAGUUUCUAACUGCGGCUGAAGGCUGUCAGAAUUGCCAAACGCUUUUAGAACCAGUGCCUUUGGAUCGUUCUUGUAACGAUGCAGCCAUCGAUGAACACUGGUGCACUUGUAUACCCUACAAUAAGGUGUAUAAAAACUCGAAUAUCAUACAAAAAUUGGGCAAUUCAACGGUUAACUCCAUAAAUGAACUAGUUCGUAAUUUUCGGAAUGGCACAGUCGCGUCUCAAUGUCGCGCUUUGCAGCUUAACAAUGUCGUGAGUGCGCAUCGCUCAUAUGACGCUUUCAGACCGAAGGAUGCAAACGGCACUGCUUUGGAUGUGUAUCGUCUACAUUUUGUUACGAAACCGAAUAAUGCCGAUUUUGAGGUAACACUGCGCUACAAUCCAGAGACUGAGGCUAUCCAUAUUACGGGUGAAAUAAGCCGCCUGGAUUCAUAUUACAAAGAUUCGCAUUGCAUAUCGGAUAGCUUUGUGAAGAAAUAUUGCUCUUGUGCCUAGCGUAAAACCACGUCUUCGGCGACAAAAAAUAGCACAACGAAUAAAGCGCACUGAUCAAUGUGGACCGCCUUUCAACGUGAAGGGUAAACGUCUCGUUUAAUUUAUGAUUUAUUAUGUACAGUAGUUAAAAAUGUUACUUAAGUUUCGAAAAAGAUUUGCCUAACUCUUAAGAAAACUCGUUUCUAUAGUCUUAAUAUUUUUCUAUAUGCAAGGAUUUUUCAUUUCACUUAAUGUUGCUAGGCUGAGAGUGAAAAUCAUAAAUUUUUCUAUUUAUCAUUGCAAUUUAAUGUCCGUACUUGUCAAGAUUAGAUCAAAAAGUCAUUUCAAAUUGGUGGAGGUGGCGUAAUGCUUAAAGUAUAGUGAAAGAAUUUAAAGAAAGAAAGAGAAAAACAGAAUUCGGUAAAAUUCAAAAUUCUGGAAAAUAAUGUUUUGAAUGUUGGUCACAACUCUUGGCCGAAACAAAAUGUAAAAUUAUGGUAAGAGUGUUCUUUCGAGAAACCAUCAACGGGCAACAGCAGGAUAAGAGUGUGUGCUACCUAAAACUGCGUGACUUAUUGAUCAAUUGGUACAGGCGUGAGUAGGUUCAUAUAUUAUACAUAUAGAUAUAUGAAGGAAUGUACAUAUGUGCUAAAUCACAAAAUUUAACAAUAAUCGCAUACGCUUGCCAAAACUAAAUGUAACUACAAAUGUUUUAAAUGAAACAAUAUACAAUAAAUAAAUUUAGCAUAUUGUAAGUAGUAUUAAAUGAUAAUCGAAAUGCUUUAGUGUUAUGCAUACAACAAUAUUUAACUUAAGUAUCCUUGAAUAAGUAUAACUUUUUACAAAUGCUAAUAUACUGUGAUUUGUAGUCAAUACUUUAACAUAAGGUGAUAAUAAAUUAAAUCAUAUUUUCUAUA